CUUCCCCAUUAAUGAAAAGUAAUACCCUUUAGUACGGUACCAAGGUGUAUAGAUUUGACUUACCCGAUAAAUAAACAUAUUUAUAUUGAAGCAGUAAAUAACGAAUUCUGAUUACUCUCAACGAGAUUUAGCAGGUGUGCAAUGGGAUUGGGUGUCACGCUAUGGGUUCUAUAAAUGGGAUCAUUCAGGCAGCUUAUUCCACAAAGCGAUUCCAUUACUCCAACCGAGAUGAAGUACCUUCUGGUAGGAAUUGCUUGGGUGGCCAGUUGCACCUUCUCGUUUGCCCUAGUGCAGCCUCAUAAACUGGCUAAAGGAGAGAACGGCUGCAUAAGUAAAUCAGGUGCGAAUAUGGCUGUGGGCGACAUUGAGCAGGAUGUCCAGACAUGCGGAAUUGUGACUUGUGAAAAUAUAGAAGGAAACGGUUAUAACUACUACUGUCAAAUACCUGUACAGUUUGCGGAGUGUGCUGAAUCUGCUGUAUUGACGCACGUCGAUUUCCCGGAUUGCUGCUGGAUGUGUGCAGCUUGGACGGCCUGCGAUGAUGAGACAAGUGGUGGGGUUCCCGAGCAACCAGGAGGAAGUGAUGAAGUUGCUCCAGAAGGAGGGGCAGAAGGUGGAGCAGAAGGGGGAGCAGAAGGUGGAGCAGAAGGGGGAGCAGAAGGGGGAGCAGAGGGGGGAGCAGAAGGAGGAGCAGAACGCAAAGGCAAAGACGAUGCUCCUGGAGAAUUGGCAACCCUAGAAGAACCCUCAGUUCGAAUGCGUUCUGAGACUAUUGAUCCAGUAAACCCUGAAGCCGAGCGCCCCAAAGAGCGAUCCCAAGGAAAAAAGAACUCGAAGAAAGGCACUACCAAGCCAGAUGGAUCAACUUUACCCGAUGGAAAUGGGAACAUAAAGUUUGGCGGUGGCUCACCAAUUUCCAAGUUCGGUGAAGACAGCAUGUAAACUAGGUGUCAGAUUUAUACUUAUUAUUUAAUAUCCAUGAAUUUUAUUAAUUUUAAGCCCCGAAGUUGUUCGCAUACAGUCAUAAAUAAAAGACACGACAAUGUGCACUUCAUUUGUCUGCUCGCAAAACUGA